AUGAGGCAAAUCCAAGUCACGGAAUUCGGGCAAAGGCCCAAGUGUUUGGAAGUUGACGACCCUCCCGUCCCAGAUCCUGAUAGCGAUGUGGUCCAGGUGGACGUCCUCGCGGCAGGCCUUACCGCGCUUGUCAAGGCGCGUGCAUCCGGGCAGCAUUACUCUGCGCAAGGCCUACCUCACGUUCCUGGUACUGACGGGGUUGGCCGUACGCUGGACGGCAAGCUGGUAUAUUUCUCCACAAUGACGCCCAAGGGAGGUUCCUUCACCGAGAAGGUCAACGUCCCUAAGUCUGGCGUGAUUGAGGUUCCGGAAGGUGCAGAUCCGGUGCAGAUCGCUGGCCUGGCGAAUCCAGGCAUGAGCUCUUGGAUGGGAACCAAGUAUCGGACGAGGGACCUGCCGGAAAAUUUCAAGGUUCUCAUUCUGGGCGCUACGACUACGUCCGGCGCGUUGGCGAUUGAGUUGGAGCGCCAGCUCGGUGCGAGCAAAAUCGUCGGAGUUGCACGGAAUGUGGAAAAAUUGAAGACGCUGGGGCUCGAUGACUAUAUCGAGCUCAAGGAACCCGCGGACCAGACAGACUGGUCCAAAGCUGCGGACGUGGACCUGAUACUGGACUAUUUGUGGGGCCCGCCAGCACUGGCGCUACUCAACAGCCUGCCAGCAUUCACAAAGCCGUUUCACUACGUGCAGAUUGGCGCAAUGUCGUCCUUGACUGCUGAGAUCCCGGCGGCUGUGUUUCGCAGUAAGAAUAUCAUCUUGACGGGCACAGGGCCAGGUUCUUUCACCAUUCCACAACUGAAUGAAGGUAUGACGAGCUUGAUUCAAAAAGGGCUUGUGAAUGUCAAACACUAUCCUUUCAAGGUGGUUAAAAUGGCGGAUAUUUCCAAGUCUUGGGAUGACAAGGGAGACAGAGUCGUAGUCACGCCCUGAUCGGAUUGCUAUGAACUUCAAUGGUUGAUUUUCUAGUCAAGGUGCGAAUGGAUGAGACCACAAGCAUCAAGGAUGGAUCUUUCCUUCUCCAGAGCCAGGUUCUAAGCGCGCAGGCUGUGGUGGUUGAAGACGGCUGAGUUGGUCAUUUUUCU